AUGCAAACGAAUGGGAUUUCAGACAACAUGAAGGCUGAUACCAAACAACAAGUCGCAUGCGACGACUUUUACAAUAGCCUCAAUCUCGACAAUUUACCUCCAAACCACAAUAUACAAGCGGCUGCAGUUAGGAACAAUAGUACUUCGGAGCAGGAAUCUACAAAGACAGAAGUUCCACAGAAAGCUCCAAAGAAGAGGAAGAGAUGCGACCGUCAAUUUCCAUGUUCGAAUUGUGUCAAUCGCAAUAAACAAGAUGUUUGUCAGUAUGAGAAUGAAUCCGCCAGGAAGCAACAACUACUAGAUGAUCUAAGGUCGUCAGACAAUGGAGAAUAUGGAAAAGGCGCACAGCCCGAAUCGGAUUCUGUGGCAAAGGUUAGUGCGUUAGGAUAUGCAAAGUCAAAUGGAAGCCAUUCAAAUACCACAUUGGGGAUUUUCAAGAAGAUAGAGGCCGAGGUCAACGAUGGAGCCGCUGUGACGACUCAUUGCGUAGCAACAGCAGAGAAUACUGGUCUUCGGGAAAAAUACAAGAGCUUAAUACGACAACUACCGUCUCGGCCCUACAUUGAUAUGCUUCUAGAGACAUUUUUCCGGGAGGUCAAUUUUCAGUACUAUGCUUUAGACGAGGGAACGUUCCGAGAUCACCUCAGAAAUUGGAACAAUUUAUCUUUUGCCACUUUGAAUAAAGGACCACAGGAGCUACCCGCAGAUUUACAAUUCUUUCCCGCUCUCCUAUUCCAAUGUUUUGCUAUGGCCUUGCUAUUUCAACCACCAGAAUACGACCCAAGUCUGGAAUCACUCAAGUAUGCAGCAGGAAUGUCCUUUGAUGAUCUCGCAGCCGAUUAUAGCGACUCCGGAGUAAGCAUCUUGACAUUACUAGGGAAACGCAAUACCACUCUUGUGACUGUUCAAGCUGGAUUCGUCAGAGCAUCAUAUUUGAAGUAUAGUGGUAUGGUUCCUGAAAGCUGGCACUCUUUAUCCCAAACCAUCAAAGACGCUCAAGAGAUUGAAUUACAUAAGGAUAAUUACCAACCCCAACGUAAUAAGCCUGAAGAUGGAUACGAGCAUCUAUGGCAUCAACAACUUCGAAGGAGAACUUGGCUUGUCCUUGCUCUUUGGGAUGUACAUAUGGCAUUGGUUCUCGGCCGACCCACAACCAUUGAUAUGCGUGAUCCAAGACCACCUUUUCCUAUCGAUGCUCCCAUACCUGCUACCCUUGAAGAUCGACGCAAGACCCCCCCUAAAGAGCGUUCACCUACAGAUAUGCCAACACCUUUGACGAUGCUUUUAUGGUAUGUCGAAGUUAUGGCCCCUCUCUGGGAUAUCUAUUACCUUGAAAAGGAUGGACCACAGGCCAGUGACGCUCUCAAGGUUCAGAAGAUGCACCUUAAUAUCAAGCAAAUUCAUGAGCUAUGCCCACCUUACUUCAGAGCCGAAAACCCUGACACAACUUGGGAUUCCCAUCCUGAUUGUUAUUGGCUUCCUCCUUGUAGAUUAAUCUUCCAAAAUGGUGGUGCAUUUACAACAAUGGCUCUCCAUAGACCAUAUAUUUGUAUCUCAGUUUCGAGUCGACGUUCUGCUCUUGAAGCUGGCUUGGAAAUUCUGCGUGUACAACGUGAGUAUUUCAGUUUAUUGCAGACAAAACAUUACAAAAUGUUUAACCUUGUCCUCAAUACCUUUGACGCCAUCAUCCUUUCAGCAGCCAUUUAUAUCCUACAUCCAUUCGAAAAUAGGGAUCUGCUCGACAACACCCUACAACACUAUGAUUGGGCUAUGGAAAGGUUUCAUACUAUGAUUGGUCGUAAUGCGAUUGCAAACACAGCUGCCGGUGUGCUCAAAGCAAUAAACAUUCGUUUGAAGAAAGCAUUAGGAACAACUAAACCUCAACCAUCAACUCCAUCAGAUAUUGGAUCCAACCCAUCAUCAACGGUUGGUAGCUCACAGAUGGCAAGAUCUGGUACUUCUACAUCAGCAUCACAAUCUUACAAUUCCCCGGCAUCAUCCACCGAUCCUUCCACCAUAUCCUCUACAAAUUCUAUCAAUGGAAGUCAUUACAACCUUCCGACAAUACAAAACUUGACUUCACCAAACUCAAAUUCUACCGCCGCUUGGGAAUUCACUGGAGCUAAUAAUUUGAUGCCUCACAACUUUGAUCUAUCAUCGAUUGCACCUUUACAACCAAUGCAUGAUUUGAUAUUUAAUGAUUUAAGUACGAACCUUAGCACCAACUUUGACAUACCAUAUCAAGGAUUUCCGGAAGCAAAUCUGUAUGCGCAACCUGAACCUUGGCAAUUUGGAGGAGACUUGGGACAAGAUAGUUUCUGGGCAGUUAUGAAUAAUUAUAAUCCUUGA